AAGUCACGCCUUCUUUUUUUAAACCCGGAUGUGAAGCUAUCAGUUCCGGAUCAUUUAGGCAAUCACGCGUAGAUGCAGCGAACCUGAAACUGUUUUCGUCCAGCGGUUAUUGAACGUUAAUUGUGCGAAAACAGUAACGUAAAUGAACACGUGUCAGACAAUCUUUGGAUUUACCGACAUUUGGACCACUUCUUCUGUGAGGCGUCAUUCAUCAUGUUAUCUUACUGUGUCAGAACCGUCCAAUCAAGGCCUCUGUCCAUACUGAAAACCUCAGAGUACAGUCCAACGCUGGCCCUGCAACGCACCAAAGGACGCUGCAGUGCAUCACCGAGUCAGGAUUUGGAUCAGGUCAGGGCUCUGCUGCAGCUCUGUGUGGACAGAUACUAUAUUUCACCUGGUCAGACUAACGUAGAGCUGUUUCAGCGGGGGGUGAGCUGCAGUUAUGGACCUCUGGGCAUGGAGCUGAGAAGAAACCUGCUGGAGCAGUGGUGGCACUCUGUGACCAGGUGUACGGCUCAGGUGUUUGGGAUAAACACUCUGAGCAGCAGCAGGGGCGCAGCAGCAGAUGGAUGGGGACACUUGAGGAUUGUUGAGUCUGAAAAUUUAAAACAAAUUCUUGAAUGGCAAGAACUGAGCAAGGAGCAGCUCAUCCAGAAGGUGCAGACACUCCUUCAGAAGUCCCCAUCAGUGAGAGGAAACUUCCUUCAAGGUGCCUUGGAGCAGUUUGUCCCCUUGUUGGAGCUGGUGAACAGGAAACUGCCCUUCGGCCUGGCUGAGAUGGGUCUGUGUUUCCAGCACUCAGAUGGCUCUGGUUGCCCGGCCGAGGUCACCCAGACAUCUCUGGUGUGGUUCUGCUCUCCUCGGACCUCCUCCCAGUGGCUGGAUCACUGGACACGACAGAGACUAAAGUGGUGGAGGAAAUUCGCCCUGUCUCCAUCCAACUUCAGCAGUAGUGACGUUCCAGAGGAGGAACUCGAGGAGGCGGCGUCUCGUGGAGUGAGGAUCAUCUACAGCUUCCCGUGGGGACAGGAGCCCCUGGAGACGCUGUGGAGCAGAGGAGACGCCGAGCUGCUACAAACACACGGAGUCCAUUCCAAAAUACAGUGUCAAGAUGGCCAUAAGGCAGUUCCUCACGUUGUUUCUGUGAUUGGGAACAUGGACCGUGGUAUGAUGGCCUUUCUGUCCAACUCGCUUCAGCAGCUCAACAAAGACAACGGCAAGCAGAAGCUGCAGCAGAGAAAGGUUCUGAAGUUACAUCCAGUGUUGGCUCCAGUCAAAGUGGCUUUAGACAUUGGCAGAGGAGCCACCAUGGAGCUGAAGCAGGUUUGUGAAGGGCUGCUGCAGGAGUUCAUGGAGUCUAAGAUCUCUGCUUGGCCUGGAUAUCUCGAAACUGCGCAAACAUCAAUGAAUGAAAAGUAUGAUGAAAUGGGAGUGCUUUUCACUGUGGUGAUCAGUGAGAAGACGCUGGAGAGCGGCCUCCUUCAAGUCCGCAGCAGAGACACCACCAUCAAUGAGACAAUGCACAUCUCUGAGAUCAAGAACUUUCUCUCCAGAUACGUUUCUGCUGCAGACAACAUCUGAAUGGACUUUUUGGUUGGGGAACUAAAAAGGACAGUCUGCCUGUUGUGCUGUCUCAGUUUUGCAUCCCUUCCAGAUACAAAACUACUAUACAUCUACAAGUCAUGGACUUCCUUUUAAGGAAAAUUUCUUGAACAGAGCAUUUCAUGGAAAUUGAUCUUUUCCUGAAUGACUUUUGGCUGAAUGUGACAUUAUUAAUAAUUGGAUCUUUUAUGUGUCGUCUUAAAGGCUAAGAAAGUACUUGUCAAUAUUUGGGAAGCAGAUGUGCAUAAGGUUUAUGUGCACUUAAAGACUCUCGCUCAUCCUAUAGCCUCCUCUCAGUACUUCCAAAGCAAAGAGGUGGAUAACGUGUUUUUAGUGCUUGUGAUUUAACCUGGUGGUAUUUACAUUGGAGGAGGAUUGGGAUAAAUGUUUAGUAAAUGAUUUCUGUCUCAGGUUCUAUUAAAAUAUACAGUCUCCAUUGUUUUAGUCACGGUGAGCCUUGUGCUCCAUGUAAGUUGUCAUAGAUUAGUUGACUACUAAUGACAUGUGUGAAUAAGUAAAAUAUAAAUAAUAAAUAAAAAAUAUUCUUGACUAUGGAAAAA